AUGGAGACUGAUUCCUCAGACAUGUCUGAGGGAGCUGCUGAGAGGUCCUCCAGCCCCUCCACUCGGCUGAGUGCAGACCCGUCUCUAGACGGGCUCCCGGCAGCAGAAGGCAUGCCAGAGCCCCACACCGAGGACGGGGGCACCCCCGGGCUCGUGGGCCUGGCCGUGCCCUGCUGUGUGUGCCUGGAAGCCGACCGUCUGAGAGGCUGCCUCAACUCCGAGAAAAUCUGCAUUGUCCCCAUUCUGGCCUGUCUGGUCAGCCUCUGCCUCUGCAUUGCCGGCCUCAAGUGGGUAUUUGUGGACAAGAUAUUUGAGUACGACUCUCCCACUCACCUGGACCCUGGGGGGUUAGGCCAGGACCCUAUUAUUUCUCUGGAUUCAACGCCUGCCUCAGCUGGAUGGGUGUCCUCUGAGGCAUACACUUCACCUGUCUCCAGGGCUCAAUCUGAAACUGAGCUUCAAGUCACAGUGCGAGUUGACAAGGCUGGCACGUCCUCCGAGCCUUCAGCGGCUCUGACACCGAAGACUCGUAUUUUUGCUUUUUCUUUCCUGCCCUCCACCGCGCCACCCUUCCCGUCACCCACCCGGAACCCUGAGGUGAGAACACCCAAGUCAGCAACUCAGCCACAAACAACUGAAACUAAUCUCCAAACUGCUCCUAAACUUUCCACGUCCACGUCCACCACUGGGACGAGCCAUCUUGUCAAGUGUGCCGAGAAGGAGAAGACUUUCUGUGUGAACGGAGGCGAGUGCUUCAUGGUGAAAGACCUCUCCAACCCCUCGAGAUACUUGUGCAAGUGCCCAAAUGAGUUUACUGGUGAUCGCUGCCAAAACUACGUAAUGGCCAGCUUCUACAAGCAUCUUGGGAUUGAAUUUAUGGAAGCGGAGGAGCUCUACCAGAAGAGAGUGCUGACCAUAACUGGCAUCUGUAUCGCCCUCCUCGUGGUCGGCAUCAUGUGUGUGGUGGCCUACUGCAAAACCAAGAAACAACGGAAAAAGCUUCACGACCGGCUUCGGCAGAGUCUUCGGUCCGAGCGGAACAACAUGGUGAACAUAGCCAACGGGCCCCACCACCCCAACCCCCCUCCCGAGAACGUUCAGCUGGUGAAUCAAUACGUCUCUAAAAACGUCAUCUCUAGUGAGCAAAUUGUUGAGAGAGAAGCUGAGACGUCAUUCUCCACCAGCCAUUACACGUCGACAGCCCAUCACUCCACGACUGUCACCCAGACUCCUAGUCACAGCUGGAGCAAUGGGCACACAGAGAGCAUCCUGUCGGAAAGCCACUCGGUGAUCGUGAUGUCAUCGGCAGAAAACAGUCGGCACAGCAGCCCGGCGGGGGGCCCAAGAGGACGUCUUAAUGGCAUGGGAGGUCCCCGUGAAUGUAACAGCUUCCUCAGGCAUGCCAGAGAAACCCCCGACUCCUACCGAGACUCUCCUCAUAGCGAAAGACAUAACCUUAUAGCUGAGCUAAGGAGAGACGAGGCCCACAGACCCAAAUGCACACAGACCCCGCUGUCAGCAGCUCAGCUUAGAGCUUCUUCCAUUCCCCACUUGGGCUUCAUUCUCUAAGACCCCUU